CGGUCACGUGCUCCUGGGUCACCGCCCCCUCCCCCCCUCCCCGGCCUGUUCUCUUUCAGGUCGGGCCAAAGCGGGCCGAUUCACGUGCAGCCAGGAGAGAGAGGGGGAGGAGGAGGAGGAGGAGGAGGGUGUGAGCGCGCGAGCCUGAGCCCGAGCUGGAGCUCCCUUCUGCACUGCAGGAGGAUAAACUUUCAGUUACAAGUAAAGAAGCUUCGUGAGAAGAAGCACUGAGGCACUGCUUAACCAAAACUUCUAAAGGUUUGGAGGAGACGGAAAACGACCAAAAGUCUUUUCAGCACUGUUUUACUGUGCUGGGGUACGGGUACUGCAGACUUCCUUUGCUCCAGGCAUUGUGGCAUUUUUCUCUUGUACAUCGUAUGUUCUCCAAGCAAUCUGGAUGAGAACAUCUGAUCCGAUCCAUUCUGUUCCUGAUUCAGCUGGUCCUAGUCCUGAAGUCAAGCUGAACAAUACCGUAAUGCAACUUCAAACGUCCUACUAGCCCUGUGAACUUGCACACAACUUCUCAAAGAUGCCUCUCCAUCUCCACUGGACCUUCCAUACCAUCCUCUGAAGCAAACUCUGAGAGCGGAGAGUAGCAGAAGAAACCUCACAAGGCAAUUUUGAAAAUCUCACUCUGAGGACGUGACAUUACUAGCAAUGUAUCAUUCCUUAUCCGAAGCCAGUCACCCCUUGCAAUCAGAAGAACAAGAAGUAGGCACUGAUCCCUUGCUCAGUUACUUGAGCAAGUCUGAAGGAGACUCAAAUGAAAAUGGAAAACAAAGUUCUACCUUGAACACUGAUGGAACUUUUAUUUCUUACAGUAAAGAAUGGGAAGAACUAUUUGUAAACAGCAAUUACUUGGCAACAAUAAGGCUGAAGGGGAUUAAUGGGCAGCUGAGAAGCAGCAGGUUCCGCAGUGUUUGCUGGAAGCUUUUUCUGAAUGUUCUUCCUCAAGACAGAAGCCAGUGGACCAGUAAAAUAAAAGAGUUAAGAGCAUGGUAUAACAAGAUUAAAGAAAUUCAUAUAACAAAUCCUCGGAAAACUGCUGGACAGCAAGACCUUAUGAUCAAUAACCCUCUUUCUCAAGAUGAAGGGAGUCUUUGGAACAAAUUUUUCCAAGAUAAAGAACUCCGAGCAAUGAUUGAACAAGAUGUCAAAAGAACGUUUCCUGAAAUGCAAUAUUUCCAAGAAGAAAACGUGAGAAAAAUCCUUACAGAUGUUCUGUUCUGUUAUGCCAGAGAAAACGAGCAGUUGCUUUAUAAGCAGGGUAUGCACGAGCUAUUAGCCCCUAUUGUCUUUAUCUUGCAUUGUGACCACCAAGCGUUUUUGCAUGCUAGCGAAGCUGCACAACCAAGUGAGGAAAUGAAAGGUCUUCUAAACCCAGAAUACUUGGAGCAUGAUGCUUAUGCAAUGUUCUCUCACCUUAUGGAAACUGCUGAACCUUGGUUUUCCACAUUUGAACAUGAUGCUCAGAAGGAAAAGGAUGCAAUGAUGACGCCUGUACCAUUUGCCAGACCUCAAGACUUGGGCCCAUCUAUUGCUAUUGUUACUAAAGUGAACCAGAUUCUGGAUCAUCUGCUGAAGAGACAUGAUAUUGAGUUAUACAUGCACCUGAACAGACUAGAAAUUGCUCCACAGAUUUAUGGACUGCGAUGGGUCAGGCUACUAUUUGGAAGAGAAUUUCCUCUGCAGGACCUUCUAAUAAUCUGGGAUGCCUUAUUUGCAGACAGCAUCACACUGGGUUUAGUCGACUAUGUUUUCGUAGCCAUGUUACUGUAUAUUCGAGAUGCAUUGAUCUCCAGUAACUACCAAACUUGUUUGGGACUGCUGAUGCAUUACCCACCUAUUAGAGAUGUACACUCACUCAUCCUCCGGGCUCUCUUCCUUCGAGACCCAAAGAGAAAUCCACGACCAGUGACUUAUCAGUUCCAACAAAAUUUGGAUUAUUACAAAGCAUGUGGAGCAGACCUGAUGAAUAAAACCCGGGCCAGUGCCAAAGCUGCUCCACUGAACAUAAACAAAGUCUCUAAUAGCUUGCUUAAUUUUGGUAGGAAGUUGAUUGGCCCGGCUAUGUCCCCAGGCAAUGCUGUUGGGCCUGCUCUUAGUAGCAACAGCAGCAACUUUUCUUCUGCUGUAAUUCCUGUUAGGACUUCCUUGGAGCCCCCCCAACCCCCUUAUCAUCACCCACCACAGCAGAUGCAGCAGCAGCAGCAGCAACAGCAACGAAUGAUGAAAUCGGAAAGCAUGCCAGUUCAUCUCAGCAAAGGAGAUGUAGUAACAGGAAGCGAUGCUAAGAUUUCUGUUCCUGUCCAGGCUCUAACUGACCUCCAAGGCCAAAAUUCUAAAAACAUCACUUCAUCUCCAAGUGUUGAGAGCUUGCCUGGAGGGCGGGAAUUCACUGGAUCUCCACCUCUGUCUGCUUCCAAGAAAGAUUCUUUUUUCAGCAACAUCUCCCGCUCUCGCUCACAUAGCAAAACCAUGGGCAAAAAAGAAUCGGAGGAGGAAUUAGAGGCCCAAAUUUCAUUUCUUCAAGGACAGCUAAACGAUUUGGAUGCUAUGUGCAAAUACUGUGCUAGGAUGAUGAACACUCAUCUCGGAAAUAUUCAAGAUGUCAUAUUACAAGAACAUCUGGAGAAAGAGGAUGAAAUUCUAGUCUCGCUGGCUGGUUUGAAACAGAUCAAAGAUAUUCUAAAAGGAUCCCUCCGUUUUAACCAGAGCCAGCUGGAAGCUGAAGAAAAUGAACAAAUCACAAUUGCAGAUGAUCAUUAUUGUUCCAGCAAUCAGAACCGGGCACUAAAUGAUAAUUUAAAAGCAUCUGUUGCUCUCAAACAACAAUUCCUUACAACCCAACAGGCCCCAGCUGAAAUGCCUGCAAGUUCUGAAAGCAGGAGCUCAGAUGACUAUAUCCUGGUUUCUAAGGAGGAAGAGGAAGCCAGUGGGAAUGGCGCCUCUGGCCUUACUCAAUCGCUUCAAGCCCCCAAAGCAGUGAAGAAUGAAGUUCCAUCCCGCUCACCUUUGGUCUUCUCUGAUCCACUGAUGGGUGUCAUAUCAGCAUCUUCUAGUAACCUGAGUUCCAGCCCAGAUGACAACAGCAGCAACAAUAGCAAGGAUUCUGACUUCACCAUUGUCAGCCCCUUGGACAUUUAAGUUAAUAGUUUAGAAAUCCAGAGGUGUAUUGCCUCAGUUCUCAUACUGUGAUUCCAGAAGUCUGCAGUUAUUCUUUGAUACAAAUGGAGAGGAGUUAGUAUAUGGCUGAUCAGAUUCAGCAAUCUCCAAAGUCUAGUGGUAAUUCAGAGCACAAAUAUGGUGUUGACUGUCCAUUGAAAAACCCUCUAGGGAAAAUAAGAGUUAUAGGUCAGUGGCCUUAAAACAGACAUAAUGACAAAUGUGGACAUCCAGAGAGGUGAUCUUAGCUGUACCUUUUCUGUUACCGCUAGAGAAUUAGGCAGAGUUGGUGUCACAGACUGCAGAGGUAAAAUAAAGCUGCCUACUAUGUUCUGUCCUGCUAGGUUACGAAGGAGCAGAUGAUUGAGGGAUCCUAGUUGAGAAAGCAGAAAAGUAUAUGAAGUAAAAAUUCAAAGCUCUGAUCAGAAAGGAGUUCUGGCACUGGAAAGUUGUUAUUGCCAACAAGAAACAUAUUUCCUUAAAAAAUGUUAACUUUAGAUUAGACCACAUUAGAGAACAAAAACACCCACAGAUGGGGCAGGUGGUGGUGGUGCGUAUGUGUUGACCGAUAACGUACCCACAUGAGGAUGGUCAAGUCAGAAAGCAGUUUAAAAAAAAAAAACACCAAAAACUUCCUGAGACAUUAGAGCAGCUUCUGAGUUCAUGGCUGCUUGGGUGGAAGGUGGAAUCAAGGGCUUUUAGCUUUUGUUCUCUUUGUGUUUGAGCCGCCAGGUCGCUCCAGGACAAUUCUGCAGAUUUGCCCAUCGGAAUCAACUUUCCUACACAUUUUGACUUCAGUGGUCUUGCUCCUUUGAAAAUAAUCCUCCAACAGAAAGAAAGCAAGGUCCCUUGAAGCCAAACCCCUGCUAUGGUUAAUUGUCAGACGAGACCAGCUCCAUGUUCUGGGUGACAGAACAAACACUGGUGCGAGGUUGGGGAGAGCCUCUAGGACAGGGGUUCCAGGGUGCUGCAAAUCAACUGCUGCAGAUGCUUUUGUUCCCAUUCAGGGAAGAACGAGCAGAGACAAUAAAGCACUACCAGGUCCUGAAAAAAUGAGACUCCAAUUUGUACAAAAAAUGCAUUGCAGGGGCACAGAACAGAUUCCGGAGGAACAAAACCCACCUCUGGAUUCAUGCAGGAUUUGGGUAGGUUUGUUGCUGGAUGCUAGGACAGUUGUUUGGCUUUUUUCCUCCACUUGGGUCAAAAAUAGUGAUAGUCCACUUUUCAGCCACCAUAGGUUGAAAAUUAAGUACUAAGCAGUCCAGCUCUUUUAAGUGAAAGGCUCUGAAAGAUUAAGCUGCCUACUUAAUUUCAUUUUUGUUCAAAAGUUAUUUUAAUUCCAAUUAGUUUUACUCUCUGGUGUUUUUAUGCCACCUGGUUUCAAUUUUUUCCCCCAAAGAGAACAAUUUUCUGGGAAAGCCAGAAAAAUCCAUGUCCUUUAAGUGUCCUGACCAUCCCGUGGCAGGGAAUCCAAACCAGUUACAUUGAAACCAUCUCCAUAUGUUUGACUUAACAUGGGGACCAGAGCAAGAAUAUGUAAAGUACUUACCAGUGGAAGCACUUUUAUGGCCCACUGCUGCUAACCAGAUUUGACUCUGCGGACAAACAUAAGACUGUCAGGUUCUCCCACUUGCCGGCUAAGAAAAAAGUAACAACACAAAGACCAGCUUCUGACAAGAGGUUGUCAUUUAAAAUUCUAAAAUCCAUUCUUAUAUUCUAGUGAGGGAAUGAGACUUCAUAACACAGAUGCUAUGUAAAGUGUCUAAUAAUUCUAUUUUUACUUAAGUAUUUUGCAUUCCAUGAUUGCUUGGCAGAUGCAUUAAUUAAGCUCUGGUUCUUGACUCUUACUUGUAAAGCGGCUCUCUGAAGAGAGCUUGCAGAAUUGAUUCUGCUGAGUUACUCUCUUUAAAACCCAAUAAGUAUUUUUCAGACUCCUUUGUGGAAAAAGUGUAGUACAACCCUGUAGUGACCUUGUAACUCAGAGUACGUAGUUCUUAGCACUUACUCGGCCCUUUUAUCAGUAUCAUAAAUCAAAAGUCAAGUGCAAAAGAAUAGACCUGAUACCGUUCCAGUGCAUUGGAAAAUACACUGAUCUGGUAGGUGCCUAGUGAUUACCAGGUCAAUGCCAUUAAUUUGCCCAUCCAACUUGCCAUAUGGUAAGAUUAAUUGUGCCUUGCAAGAUGACCUGAUGAGGCCAAAGUGUUACUGACUUAAUUUGGCACCAUUUACUGAAAAGCUGUUUGGCCUCAAGCCUUAAAAUUUGAUGUGUGUCUCUCCAGCUGAAGGACCUUGGAUGCGUGACAUUUAGAUGGUGGGUUGAUGCUGGCUCAGUUUCUGUUUUGUUUCAGAGAGUCGCAGAGUAAAGUAUGUCAGCCUUUAGUUGGUCUUAUUUAGCACACAACUUUUUCCAGCUUCAUGCUUUUGUUUUUUGUUUUUGUCGAGGUUUGUUUGGACCCUUAAAAACCAAACCCUUCUAACUAUUGGAGUUUUUGUCCCCUGCCACUCCCCACCCUCCCCGGUCCCCAAAAGCAGAUCCCUUUGGACCCAAGUGGGAUGGAAAUGACUAGAAAUGUUGGGAGGGAAUGGAGAGCAGGGUCCAGCUUGCAUGGCACCCAGCACAGAUUCCACUUCCACUGGAUUGGCUGAGGCAAAAAAAAAAUAAAAUUGUCUUUUGUUCUUCUGUCCCUUAUCUUCAGAAUCUAAACAGUGUUGUGUCUUAAUUGGUCUAGGAGUUCUGUUUGUCUUUUAUGGUAUCAGGUACUGAUGUUGGAUUGUACAUUUUUUAAGAAAUCCUGACAAUAUGAAUCUUUUUGCGUUUCUUUAGUACAAGUGCAUCAAUCAGAAAAUCCUGUUAGUUUUAAAUAUAUAUAUUCACAUAUAUAUACACACAUAUAUUUUAAAACCUACCAUGGUUUUAAACAUCCUCAUAGCUUAAUCUACUUUUUUAUGCCUUUCCCUAAUGCAUAUCAGCUGUAUUUCUCUACUGUUUGAUCAAUGCAUAUGUAUGCAAUAGGCCAAGAGCUACAGGUUGAAAAAAAUUAUAUUGAUCGUUACCUUGCCUUUUCUUGGGUGUAUGUCAAGGAGUAUAUUGCCACUGGAAUAUUCUUCCAAAGGUGAUCUUAUAAUGUUCAUGAUAACUAUAAUGUGAUAGGAAAUAGUAUGCAUUGUAUAGUACUUAAAUAUGAAUAUGAGACUUAAAACUAAAUCACAACCUCCCCAAAGACUUAUUUUAUCUCAUAGCUGUUCUGUCUGAUUGGGUCUAGUCUUGCAUGAACUAUCAGUGGUAUCUUUCUGCAGACAGUGGACCAGAUUGUGAUUUGGGGUGGGGGAAUAAGGGGGAGGCAUAUAGAAAUUUCAUAUCUUCUAGAAACUUGUCUAGCCUGCUUUAUUAAAGAAACAACUAACAAAUGCAAAACAUUAUGUAGUGUUUGCACUUUUAAUCUCCAAAUGAAUCUAGAGCUAUUUUGUCACAAAAUGUUUUAAAAAGUGUUUUCCAGAGAGCAACAGUGAACCAUGAAGAGAUGGAUGGAUGUGUGUGCAUAAUUUAAAUCCCCCAAGAUUCAGGUCAUUAGUUUCAGUCCCACUUCCACACAGAAUCCCAUGGGCACCAGUGCCAUUGAUGGUAGGAAAGGGAAGAAGUUAAGACACCUGCUGUACAGGUAAACAUAGGACUUCAGAACAAAUUUAGCUGGAGUCAAUGAUAAUUUAAAAGGCUUUCUUCUCUCCUCCUCUCCCCACCCCGACCCCCCAUCCACUCACUGGUAAAUUAGCUAUAAAAGUCAGAGUUCACUUACUAGUCAGUACAGUGAGUUCUUCCACCUUCCCUUGUUUUCAGUUUGCAUUUGGACUCGAGCUCAAUGGCAGUAUCAGAGAAUAUUCUUGCAGCAAUGCUCGUCCGUCUAGCCACAACUGUGUUUGUGCACAGGAUCGCAUGCUGGGGGAGAACCACACAAUGUGAGUUUUUCUUAAUGCCAUGUUCUGCAAGAUAUAAACCCCUAGUUAAAGGAGAACUGACUGCAUUCAGUUGCCCAACCCUAUAGAUUACUCUCUCUGCCUUACAGCAUAUAAAACAAAAUUCCCAUUGGCUUAGUAAAAUGGCUUAAAUUCCAUCCAGUGAGCAACAAUAAAAGCAUGAUAAAGCUGAA